GCAUAAGCAUCUUCUCCCAAACCUUGAAAGAAACAAAACGUGCGUUCUGAUAAGCAACUUAACAACCAAUAUACAAUAUUACUAAUAUUGAAUUAAAUUCAACUCAAGCAUUUUGCAUCUUAUUAUCAAUCAAUAUAAGCAUAUAAUCAUUUUGUCCAUAUACAAUACAAAACAAAAAAAUGGGGCUAUUAGAUCUAGAAAAGCACUUUGCAUUCUAUGGAGCUUAUCAUAGCAACCCAACAAACGUAGCAAUCCAUAUCCUCUUUGUUUGGCCUCUCCUUUUCACUGCUCUUAUUUUGCUUUACUUCACCCCUCCUAUUUUCAUUCCCUCCCAAACACUCCUUAAUUAUAUACACCCUGUCUUUGUUUUCAACCUUGGUUUCAUUUCUACCGUUUUCUAUGGUCUCUUCUAUGCUGCUUUGGAUAUUAAAGCUGGUUCUUUUGUAGCUGUCAUCACUUUUCUUUGCUGGGUUUCUUCUAGUUUCGUCGCUAAUUUCCUUGGCUUCGAACUCGCUUGGAAGGUUGUGUUGGUUGCUCAGUUGACUGGUUGGAUUGGUCAGUUUAUUGGCCAUGGUGCAUUUGAGAAACGUGCACCGGCUCUAUUGGACAACCUUGCUCAAGCUCUUCUAAUGGGUCCUUUCUUCGUGAUUCUUGAGAUCCUUCAAUCAACCAUUGGAUAUGAACCAUAUCCUGGAUUUCAGACAAAGGUGAAGGCAAGGAUAGAAGCUAACAUCAAAGAAUGGCAAGACAAGAAACAAAAGAAAAGUUCUUAGGUUGAAAAAAUUGUUUACAAAUGUUGUUGUUAUUAUAGAUCACUCCUCUGGAAACAGAAACAUAAUGAUUUACAUGAGAGUGAGACUAUAUCAAUUUGUUGUAUUGUCAUUGAUAACAUUGAUAUACCUUACACUUUUAUUUUGAUGAAAAA